AUGACGACUAAGAAGAAGUCCCACAACCUCGCCGCCGACGCCUCAGACCGCGGCAGGUCUCGCUCGCGGUCGCCUACUCCCGCUUCUCCAUCCGUGGCAGCAACUUCCUCCUCCUCAAAGAAGAAGUCUGGUAAGGCUUCGGCUUCAUCCUCCACAAAAUCCAAUUACUGGUCAACAUGGGGAACCAUCAGGGACUUUGACAUCUUCAGCCUUCCCAGCUCCGACUGGUCAAUUCUCAUCGUUCUUACCGUUGUCGCUGUCUUUGUCCGUCUCUUCAGAAUACACCAGCCUACCUCUGUCGUCUUUGAUGAAGUCCACUUCGGCGGCUUCGCUACCAAGUACAUCAAGGGCAAGUUCUUUAUGGACGUCCACCCUCCAUUGGCCAAGCUUCUUAUCACCCUAGCUGGUUUCCUCGCCGGCUUCGAUGGCUCCUUCGACUUCAAGGAAAUCGGCAAGGACUACCUUGAACCCGGUGUCCCAUAUGUCGCCAUGAGAUUGCUACCUGCCGUCCUAGGUAUCUUCGUCGUCCCUACCGCUUUCCUCACAAUCAAAGCUGCUGGAUGUUCGACUUUUGCUGCCAUCCUAGGCGCUGGUUUCAUUACCUUCGAAAACGGCUUGAUCACUCAGUCCAGAUUGAUCCUCUUGGACUCCCCGCUCGUCUGUUUCACCGCCAUUACCGCUCUCUCAUGGACCUCCUUUAUGAACCAGCACGCUCUCGGACCUGGUGCUUGGUUCGGCCCUAACUGGUGGUUCUGGUUGGCUGCCAGCGGUCUCGGUCUCGGUGCUACCCUCUCCGUCAAGUGGGUCGGCCUCUUCACAAUUGCCUGGGUCGGUAGCAUCACCGUUCUCCAGCUCUGGCUCCUUCUCGGUGAUACCAAGAACGUCUCCGUUCAGCUCUGGUUCAAGCAUGUUGCCGCUCGUGCGCUCUGCCUGAUCGCCAUCCCAAUGGCCUUCUACAUGUUCAUGUUCUGGAUCCACUUCCUCUGCCUCCAGAAUCCUGGUGACGGUGAUGGUUUCAUGUCUGCUCAGUUCCAGUCUACCCUCAACUCCAAGCAGAUGAAGGCUGUCCCAGCCGACGUCGCCUACGGUUCUAAGAUUACCCUCCGCCACUGGAAUACCCAAGGUGGAUACCUCCACUCCCACAACCAUAUGUACCCUAGCGGCUCGAAGCAACAGCAGAUCACUCUCUACCCGCACAAGGACGACAACAACUUCUUCAUAGUUGAGAACACUACCAAGCCAGAAGGCGGUUCCGGUAUUAGCGGAUUCGAUGCCAUCUCUCCACCAGUUCUUCUCAAGGACGGCGAUACCAUCAAGCUCUACCACAACCCCACCCACCGCAGAGUUCACUCCCAUGACGUCAGACCACCCGUCACCGAUGCCGAUUGGCAAAACGAGGUAUCUGCUUACGGUUAUGAAGGCUUUGACGGCGACGCCAACGACUACUUCCGUAUCGAGAUCAUCAAGAGUAUGUCGAAGGGAUCUGUCGCUAAGGAACGUGUCAGGACCAUCGAGACUCGCUUCAAGCUUGUUCACGUCAUGACUGGAUGCGUUUUGUUCUCCCACAAGGUUAAGCUUCCAAGCUGGGGUUAUGAGCAACAGGAAGUUACCUGCGCCAAGGGUGGUACUCUACCCAACUCCGUCUGGUUUGUUGAGCAGAACGCUCACCCACAGCUUAAGGGACCUGAUGUCGAAAUGACCAACUACAAAAAUCCUGGUUUCCUCGGAAAGUUCUGGGAAUUGCAGAAGGUCAUGUGGAGGACCAACGCUGGUUUGGUCGACAGCCACGCCUGGGAUUCCAGACCCGACUCUUGGCCACUCCUCAAGCGUGGUAUCAACUUCUGGGGACGUGAUCACCGUCAAAUCUACCUUAUGGGUAACCCACUCAUUUGGUACAGCACUACUGGUGCCAUUAUCCUCUAUGUUCUCUUCAAGGGUAUUGCUCUUCUCAGAUGGCAACGCGGCUUCAAGGACUACGAUGUUGAGAAUUUCCGCCGAUUCGACUUCGAGAUCGGUGCCAGUGUUCUCGGCUGGGCUUUCCACUACUUCCCAUUCUUCCUCAUGAAGCGUCAGCUCUUCUUGCACCACUACUUCCCAGCUCUUUUCUUCGGUAUUGUCGCCGUGUGCCAGAUCUGGGACUUCGUUUGGGCAAGACUCAACUUUGCUGGCUUCCGUGCUAAUGCCUCUAUCGCAUUGUUGGCUACCAUCGGAUACCUCAGCGCCAGCGUUGUUGUCUUCUGGUUGUACAGCCCAAUUGUCUACGGUAACCAAUGGACCAAGGCUGAGUGCAAGCGCGUCAAGCUUUUCACCAAGUGGGAUUGGGAUUGCAACACCUUCUUUGAUAACUACGAGCAAUAUUCAAAGUAUACCCCGUCCAAGGCUGGUGGUACCGCUGGUACAGCUACUGCCAGCGGCGCUGCCAAGGCCGGCGAACAAGCUCAGGUUCACAAACCGAUUGCCGUUUCUAAGGACGGAGAGAAGCAGGACGCAGCCCCUGUAGCUUCCAAGGCAGCCAAGAUUGAAGACAAGGCUAAGCUCGUCGGCUCUGUUGUCAGCCAAGAGGAGAAGGUCGAGUACAGAGAUCAAGACGGAAACCUCCUGAGCGACGAAGAAGUCAAGGCCCUCAUGGAGGAGGGUGUCGCCUUUGAGACCAAAUACGCAACUAAGACUCGCGUUAUUGAUCAAGAUGGAAACGAAGUUCUUGUUGAGGAAGGCGAGGUUGAAGCCCUUGAGAACGGCGAUACCGUAGCUGCCGAUCCAGAGGCCGUUGAGCCUGCUACCGAAAGUGGAGAGGCUGUUGAGUCUGCCGAACCCGCUGAGGCCGAGGCGAAUACCAAGAGCAGGAAAUUUGAAGCCCAGGGAGAGGCUGCGCCACCUGCUGAUGCUUCCGCCGCCAGUGAUGAGGAGAGACCAUCGGUUGAGAUUGGGCCAGACGGCGAGGAGACCGCUAUUGAGUGGGUCGAACCAGAGACCAUUAUUGAAACCGAGACUGUUGUGGUUGAGCAUCCAGAGGCUACUGAAACUGUUAUCGUCGAGGAAGAAGCCCCGGCCAAGGAUGAAUUGUAA